ACGCCGCUGUGGUCACGCUGCGCAGAUUACGGAUGCUGCGCGAACGAUACGCAUACGACUUUUUGAUAUAAUUUCGCGUUACCGCGGUACCGUUCGCAUCGUAUACCGUGGUACACCGAGUUGGUACGCACGAUAUUUUCAAUCCACUCGCGCGUUCUAAUCAUUUUACGCUACCAGAAUAAUUGUUAUUCGCGUACUUAUUACUCUGUUAUUACUAUACGUCUCGUUCGUUAUACGUCUCCGAAAAACGAUAUGUUACUGCCGCGAACGGUACGCGUCAUUCGUGAAUUCGACGCACGCGUCCUUUUCGUCAUCUCUAUUAUAUUUCCAUUACGUUAUACCAAUUGCGUACUGUUGUAACGCAUUCGGAACGAAAGAGUUCCUUGCGCGCGUGCAAACGCGUACUGUUACGUUUAUCUAAUAAAUGUCGCGGCGAUUCAAUCGAAAUAGUUUCACACUUUUGUUGUCACAUCGGUGAAUUGGAUUCAUACGUGCCUUUUCUGAUUCGGCGCCGAAAAUAUGCUUCGUGACAAUAUUUCGUGUCGUCAACGUUUCGCACGUGAACCCGAACCGAAUCGUUCAAACGAAAAAAUAAGCACUCAUUCGAUUUCGUAGGAUUCCGUAGGAACUCGUUUUGUUGAACAUUUUGGAAAAGAGAGCUUAGUGAAGUUUGACAGCCGCCAAGUGGUAGCGUGAGUCUAGCCGAUGCGGUGUUCGGCUUGCUGGGCGGCGGUAUGGCUCCGCCUGCAGGCACGUCGUCCAUGUUGCGAUCCCGGCGUCGCGACGCCACCCUCAAGCCGAACCGGACGCUGGACAGGAGUGCGUCCCGGGGUAUGUUGUACGAGAACGAGGAACUACGGUUGCGCACCAUUAACAUCAACGCAGAAGUCGAAAAAGGUCAAAAUUAUAUAAAAAAAUUACGCCGGGAAAAUGAACAACUAAAGAGAGAGAUAUGGAAUCUAAGAGAAGAAUAUGAACGACUGGAAAAUUAUAUAAAAAGUAGGGAACAAUCAGAAAAUGAAGAGGAAGGCGAGGACGGUGAGGGCGGUGAAGUAGUGAUCGCGGAUGAACCGAUAGACGUCGGGGCUGAGACGGCAGUGUCAUUGGAGACGGUGGUCGAAGAGGACGACGACGAAGACCAACCGUUGCAAGACAAACAGGACCGGACCAUCGUGCACGAGUCGGUCAACAGCAGUGAAAACUCGAAGCUACGGAGCUCAACUGUUCCGGUGUGCACGGACGUCAGCAGCGGCGGCGGGCAUAACGAUCAUCGCGAUGUCACCGUCGGCGCGACGGACGCGGACGUUGUCAUCGUGGACGCGAUCGGCCCCGUGGCGGCCGGCCGGCCGGGACGCGUCGCUACAUCGGCAACAGUGACGGACGACGUGCUGGCGGCCGACGAGGGAUCCGACCGCGAUGGCGGUGGCCGCGUCCCACGGCAACGGCAGCUGCUCGACGCGGCAGCGGGAGACGAACCGGACACGACGUGGACCGCCGCCGGGGAACAACCGCAGCAUCCGGACGCGGCGGUGCUACAGCCGCACACCGCGUGCUUCGAGACCGGAAACAACCGUCAACUGCACGACUUGACCGUGGACGAGGUGAUCGAUGCCAUUCAGGAUCCCGAGCUGAGGGAUAAACUGCGAACGGUGUGCUUGACGGGCGAUAGAUGUUACAUGACGUUCGCCAACGCGGAGUAUUUGGAACGGGCGCUGCACACGGCAUUCAGGAUCCGUGACGUGCCGGUGCUGUUGAUGGACACGGGCGCGGGUGCCAUAAUACUGUCGCUGACGGGCGUGCCGGACGCCGUGACAGACAAGGACGUACUGAAAUGUCUGAAAAAAUACGGCACGAUAAUCGGUGGCGUGGACAGGAAGACCGCCCGAGGAGGAGCGACUGGCGGUGAACGUUACGUGCGCGUCCGGCCAACGCUUGGGGCACCCAGGUACCUGUGGUUCGGCUCGGACAAAGUCGUUGUCAGGCAGCUGACCGAACACGAGACGGACACAAUGAACAGCAUCGCCCGAAGAAAGUCGUUCAGAUCUCAAAUAAAGUUGAACCUGAAGAUGAUCGACUCGCCCGUGCCACCGGACAACGAUCGCGUGGGACCAUCGACCGACUGCGGCAACGGCGACGGAUCAAAAGAAAACGUCAGUGGUGGCGGUGGCGGUGACGGCGGAGGAGUUGGUGGUACCUCGAUGACCGCGGUGUCCGUUCAAAAUGGAUUCAGAUUCCCGUCAGACCCGAAAGGGACAGCGGCGUCGGGGACAGGUACUGCUGCGAGCGUUGCGGAACCGAAGGCUUGGACGACGGCGAGUUUCAAGUCGACCGGAUCGUCGAAGAAACCGAAAGCAGCGGCCAACGGGGACGGGUGCCCGCCGACGGCCGCGUCCGUGUCAUCCGGUCCCGGCGAGUCGCCGCUCCGUGGACGGCGGAGAACGUCGCUGAUGGGUUUCCGGCGCGAGACCAUCAAGCACCGCGGCGGGUCCGUGUCCCGGGCGGACGGCGGCGGCGAGGACGCGGACAGCGACACGAGCACGAUUUGCCGCCGGAAGCUGAGCAUCACCGGUCGUGAGGGCACGGAAAAAGUCCCUUGGUGCGGGUGCUGGGGAAACGGGUGUCUGUGAUCGCGACGGUUGCGCGUACAGCGAAAUUCCUGUGCAGCCAUUACGAGUAUUACAAUUUGUACGAACAAUUUUUUCGAUUAUAAGCGUUUUCGUUGUGCCCAACGCGAUAGUAUUGUUCGCAAUGCGUUGUAAUCGUAGCCACGAUAAAUGUAAAUUUAUAAUAACAAUAAUAUAUGUCUAUUUAAAUGUCUA